AUUAGGGUUCUGCACUUCCGCUGCGUCCCUGAAGCUUGAAGAAGGACGCGAAAUGGCGAUUGUUUUGGGGAAUCUCUGCAUCAAAUUCUCAGCAAAGCUUGGAUUUCAUGUCCUAUCCUCUCGGGUGAAAAGAGCCAGUGUCAUCAGCUGUUGCAGAGGUUACGGAUCCUCCGGACCCGUGAGAUACAUUCCUAAGAAAUAUCGCGAGGUCGACGGGAAACCAUUUUCUCCCCCUACGAAGAGCUCUGAAGAAUUGGAUAAGUGUUCAGAUUCCAAUUCUUCAAGUAAAAAGUAUCAACUGGGAGGGAGAGGUGUGCCGAGAAUAUCGGGCUUGGAUGAGGAAUACCAAGAUCAACCUUCCGUUGCCGACAGAGUGUGUCAUUCUGAUAGUGUGAAUUCAAUCCAAUCGCGUGGGGAUACCAUCCAAUCUUUAGAGUUGAAUGAUGACACUAAUAAUGAACUGGAGGUCACUGAUGAUGAUUUAAUGGGGGAGCUUGAAAUGGUUGAAGAUGAAACUGGAACUUCUUUUGUGAAGAAGCUUUAUGAAGAGGACACAGUAAAAGCCAGCAAAACUAAACAAGAUGCCGAGAAAUUGGUUAUUGAAGCACUUGGAAGGAGAGCAUAUACAGCAGUUGAGCUGCGGAAAAAACUGCAUGGAAAGAGAUUUCCUCACAAUAUAAUUGAGGAAGUAAUUACUGAUUGCCAGUGCAGGGGGUUAAUCAAUGAUUACUUAUAUGCAGAAUCUUUUUCACGGUCUAGAUGGUCUUCGUCAUUUUGGGGGCCUAGGAGAAUCAAGCAAGCACUGCACCAAAAGGGAGUGGAUGGAGCAGAUGCAGAGAAGGCAAUGAAACUCACUUUUGAGCAUGGUGAUUCUGGUGGUGAUCAGGAGUUGAGAUUUGGCAUGUCUGAUUCUUCAUUGGAACGUCUAUUUGUUCAGGCCUCCAAGCAAUGGCAGCGGGGUGGGGAUGUGCCACAUGAAACACGGAAAUCACGAAUUGUUAGGUGGCUACAAUAUCGAGGGUUCAACUGGAGUGUUACCAACUACAUUGUAAAGAAGUUGGAAGCCCAGCAUCCACCAUAGAGCAUGCUUGUCUUUAAAUCCAUUGAUUACAUGGUAUAAGAAAAAUAUUGACAAAUUGAUGAAGGGGUUUCUCAUUGCUCAGGUAAGUCAAGAGGAAAUUGCCAUCAUGAAGACCUCUUGAGUUUCCUGCAAAAUUGUGAUCCAGGAGUUCCAAGCACUGCAUAACUUGAGGAUCAUAACAACUGAUGACUUCAUUCAAUCUGGUAUCUACUUUGUCACGUGUAUGGUAGCAGAAGUAUCAGUUUCCAUGUGAUGACACUGCAAAAGCCAUGGAGAGUUGUUGCCUUUGAAUUCUGUCAUGCCCAUGUUACAUAGAAGUUGCUGCCUAUGUUGGCCAACUUGGCCUGCAGUUGUAGUAUGAGAAAUUGAGAAUGACUACUAGCACACAAAGAACAUGUCAAGGAAGAAGUAUUAAACUGUGGGGCCCAAGAUCUGGGGGAAAAUUUGGCAAAUAUUGAUGUUGAUAGGAUUGGUAUUUUACUUACCGAAUUUCUCAAAUCUCCUAUUAAUGGGUGUCUCUUCUGACUCCAGCCCCUCAUUUGGGUAUGUUUGGAAUGUAAGAAAAGAAGAAAAGAAACACAUAAACUCAUCAUUAUUUAAUCAUUGUUUUUGUCUUA